AGCUCCCCUAAACCCCUAAAUCGGGAUGGAACAUAUUUUCCAGAUUGUUUAUUCAACUGGUAUCUGUUAACACACACAAAAACUGUGAGUUCUGCAAGUGUCUGCAUGAAUUUUCGAUAGUCACCAACAUCGGUUCCUCUUUCCCUCCGUUCACUCGAUUCGCCACUGCCAACGAGCGUAGAAGUUUCCAGCAUGGCGCGUUAUGUGCUUGGUGUGUUGUUUUUAGUGGGCAGCCUCAAUAUUGUAGCUGCCAUCCCAACUGGAAGUCCUGAUGCAGAAGUUACACACGCAACUGCCGAGCCGAUACACCCUGAAGCUGGACAACCGCCGACCACUGCCGAACCAACACCAUCCGAUUUUACACCAGCAGAGGAAGAACCGACACCGCCGCCGAUAGUUUGUACGGAUCCGCGUGAAAUAUACAACGACUGUGGAUCGGUUUGUGACGAUCGUACGUGUGACAAUCAGCGUCGCAAUGACAUACAAUGCUCCAAGCAGUGUAUUGAGGGUUGCUACUGCCGCAGUGGCUACGUACGGGACAAAACACGCAAGUGUAUUCCCGCGUACCGUUGUGGUAAAAGUUGGUGGUGAAUAAAGAUGCUGGACACAUGCUACAUGACACAUGCUGGACACAUGAUACGAUAAUGAUGAACGGACGAUGAUUGUUUCGAACUAUUCGAGACUGACAGACACGCAUCGAGAAACAAUUUGUUAAACUGUAAACGUUUCUAACGAAGAAAUAAAUUCAGAUAAUCCUCCACUAAUGAUAAUGAUAAU